AUGUUUGGGAUCCAGGAGAGCAUCCAGCGAAGCGGCAGCAGCCUGAAGGAGGAGCCGCUGGGAGGCAUGAACGCUGUCCGGAGCUGGAUGCAGGGGGGCGGCGUGCUGGACGCCAACACGGCCUCCCAAAGUGGAGUGGGUCUGGCCCGGGCUCACUUUGAGAAGCAGCCGCCCUCCAACCUGCGGAAGUCCAACUUCUUCCACUUCGUCCUGGCUCUGUACGACCGGCAGGGUCAGCCAGUAGAGAUCGAGAGGACCAACUUUGUUGACUUCAUCGAGAAAGACAAGGAGACCAGCGGAGAGAAGACCAAUAACGGGAUUCAUUACCGGCUGCAGCUUCUUUACAGUAACGGCAUCAGAACUGAGCAGGACUUUUAUGUUCGACUUAUAGACUCCAUGACUAAACAGGCGAUUAUUUAUGAAGGCCAAGACAAAAACCCAGAGAUGUGUAGAGUGCUGCUGACACAUGAGAUCAUGUGCAGUCGGUGCUGUGACAAGAAGAGCUGCGGAAACCGUAAUGAGACACCCUCAGACCCUGUUAUCAUCGACAGAUUCUUUCUCAAGUUUUUCCUCAAGUGCAACCAGAACUGUCUAAAAAAUGCGGGAAACCCACGAGACAUGAGGAGGUUCCAGGUGGUGGUAUCGACCACGGUGAGCGUGGAGGGACAUGUCCUGUCAGUCUCCGACAACAUGUUUGUCCACAACAACUCCAAACAUGGCCGACGGGCCCGCAGACUCGACCCAGUGGAAGGAACGCCAUCUUACUUGGAACACGGAGCAGCUCCUUGCAUUAAAGCCAUCAGUCCUAGCGAGGGGUGGACUACGGGUGGCGCUACAGUCAUCAUCAUAGGAGACAAUUUCUUUGAUGGUCUCCAAGUCAUCUUCGGUACCAUGCUGGUUUGGAGCGAGUUGAUCACGCCACAUGCCAUCCGGGUGCAGACGCCCCCCAGACACAUCCCCGGGGUCGUUGAGGUCACUCUGUCUUACAAGUCCAAACAGUUCUGCAAAGGCACACCCGGAAGGUUCAUUUACACAGCACUAAAUGAACCAACCAUCGACUAUGGUUUCCAGAGGCUUCAGAAGGUCAUCCCUCGACACCCUGGAGACCCUGAGAGGCUGCCAAAGGAGGUUAUUUUAAAGAGAGCAGCUGACCUGGUGGAAGCCCUCUACGGUUUGCCCCAUAAUAACCAGGAGAUCAUCCUGAAGCGUGCGGCGGACAUUGCAGAAGCUCUCUACAGUGUUCCACGAGGACACACUCAGCUUUCCGGCUCCACCCACAGCGGCAUGAUGGGGGUCAACUCCUUCAGUGGGCAGCUGUCCGUCAACAUCUCUGAACCCCCACAGGGCAAUCAGGGAUUUGUGCGCAGCAGCAGUAGCGUGUCCCCUCACGGGUACGUGCCCAGCUCCACGCCUCAGCAGACCAGUUACACGUCUGUCACCAGCACCAUGAACGGCUACACUAACAACACCGGCAUGACCAACCUGGGAGGCUCGCCUACUUUCCUCAACGGCUCUGCCGCCAACUCGCCUUAUGCUAUUGUCCCAUCCAGUCCCACUAUGGCCUCCUCCACCUCUCUCCCCUCCAACUGCUCCUCCUCUUCUGGCGUCUUUUCGUUCUCUCCAGCUAACAUGGUGUCGGCGGCCGUUAAGCAGAAGUCUGCCUUCGCUCCAGUGGUCAGGCCCUCCUCCUCCCCUCCGCCCUCCUGUACCAACGCCAAUGGGCUCCACGAUCAAACAUUUGUGGACUCUAGCAAGUACUCAACAGCCAACUCUCUACAAGGCCUGGCCUUCACCUGAACAAUCCCGAGAAUGAUCGUCCCACCCAUGUAAAGGUGUGUGUGUGUGUGUGUGAGUGUGAGUGUGUGUGUGUGUGUGUGUGUGUGUGUGUGUGUGUGUCUGUGUGUGUGCGAUUGUGCAUGCCAGCACAUGUAAGUGCGUGCGUUUGUGUGUCUGUGUGUGUGUGUGUGUGUGAACCAAGCACACUCAAACCAAUCCCCAUGGAGGAUUUCGGUGAGAGUCAGACUCCGGUCGGGGAUGGAAGCAGCUGUCCCGAUCUGAAGGAUCAAACCCAACUCAGGCCCUUUCUAAUACAGAACAACUGCAAGAAAAACAGACAAACAAAAACAAAAACAAAGACUGUUUGCAAAGAAAUAAGUUGUUUAGACUUUGUACACCUUGAUGCUUUUAUAGGAGAACGGCCACGCCUACAUUAUGACUCUCCACCGACGCAGGAAGUGUAUUUAUUUUGGAGAGAAUCCACUUCUUCUCUUUAAUGAUUUUUGUGCAACAGUUAACGUUUCAUAAUCAUCUUGUAACUGUAUCUCACAUGAGGGAUUUUCUAUUUAUGAAGUUUGGUCAUUGAUGAAGGAAUAUAAUGUGAAUAUAUGACGAUGAUGGUGAUAAUGAUAAUGAUGAUGAUGAUGAUGAAGAGGCUUCAGGAUUUAUACAGGGUCAAAUCCAGCCGACACAGACAAGCCAAACCAGACACACACUUUCACUUCUUGUUGCCAAAUCACAAUACGUCACUCUUUCAGUACAUGCACUCAGACAGCAAGGUCUUCCUCUGCAUUCAAUCGAUCAGCUGAAGGAUUGAGAUGCUUCCUGCCUGCAAUUGAUGCUUAGUUUUGCCCAUUCAAGAAAUCCAAAUGUUUACUUUGACACUGCUGCUCCUAUAUGCUACAUUUUUGAGAAGGAGUCUGUUAGCCAACAGAAGGUGCAGAGAGAAACUAAAUUCAGUCACUUAACAAACCGUGAAGAAAUGUUUUUCCACCAUCCAAGAUUCAAGAGAGAAAUUGGACAUGGGGCAGAGCUGAUUCAGGAUAGAUUUGACAAGCUAACUGUAAAAAUGCCAUAAAUAAGUGCACGAGUGUGUGAUUACUAGGUGCCAACAGCUGCUUCCCUGUUAAGGAUUUGACCUCUGCCACUGAGUCUAUCCAUGGGCCCUGUUAUAAAGUCGGACACCGCUUCACCAACCUCUAUAAGAGGGGGAACAUGUCUUAAAGAUUGCUUCCAUUUUUACUAUGAUUUGUUGUGAGAGUUGGCUUCUCAAAUGUUUGUCUUAAAACAUAAAGCCUUAUUUCUGUUUUGUUUUUCUUUUGGUUUGCUGUGUUCUUUAAAUUCUUCUUGCCAUCGGCCGGCCAAUCAGAUUGUGUUUCUUUUGUCUCCUGCCCGCUUAACCGGUGUGAUUGACUACUUGAGUGAGAAAAUGAUCUAAUGGUGUUUCUUAAAUGCUGUGCUGCAAAGAAUGUUAUGAAAUCUUCAACUGAGUCUUAAAAUUAAGUUUUGUGAAACAUCUUCCACUGAGGUUCACUUUUUUCAAAUCUGAACCUGGAAUUCUGUUUUUAUUUUUACAGUGCCACUGUAUUUAAAAGUACAACUCUUCACAAUGUUUGCAUCCCAUAUUGCACUUGUGUUCUUAAAAGGUAGAGAUAAAGUGUGAAAUUCCAUGUCUUUGGAAAAAAAGGACUUUAUUGCAGUGCAGGACAAUUAGCCAGCAACAUGUCUUAAAUGCAGUGUGCAAGAAUGAGAAAGUGAAAGUCCCUGCUCCCUCAGGCCUGCAGUGUGCGGUUCAGUAGUCUUGAUUAAUUUAUGAUUAUAUUAAUUUUGCCAAAGCGCUUCAUUGAGAAAUUAAUGCCUAAACAGUCUUAUGCCUUGUCUUUUUUUGUCACACACAGUCAGAAACUGUGUAAGAAUGCCAUACUGUGUACAACUGUCAGUUGUUUGUCAUUUGAGUCACACCACCUCCUUAGCCAGAAGUCAGUAAGACUUAAAUCAAAGCAGUAAU